AUGGCAGACCCUCAGUGUGGGAGCCGACAUGCUGAUUUUGGCACUGGUGGUGCCAUUGAGAUGGAGCUAAAAACCCCAAAGCUUUCACCUCCCUGUGUUUCUCUGCUCCCUCCCUCUGCAUCACUCCUAUCACCAUCCAGAGGGACAGCAGUCAGCGCCCCGAAACACGGAAAGAUCGACGCCAACAACGAUCCUCACGUCGGAGGAAACCAGUGGGCGGGAGGCACAGGUGGCAGAGACACGGCGGGGCUCGGGGGGAAAGGAGGUCCCUACCGGCUGGAUGCAGGACACAAAGUCCACCGGGUGUCCCAGGCGGAGAAAGACGCCGUCCCAGAGGAGGUCCGCAAAGCAGCCCGCGAGAUGGGAGAGAAAGCCUUCAAAGAACGGCUGAAGGAGAUCAAUAUGAGUGAGUACGACGCUGCUAUGUACGAGCGGUUCUCCAGCGCCGUCAGCAGGCAGGUCCAAUCUCUGCGCAUCGUGCUGGACAGCCUGCAGGUCAAUGCAGCAGCUCCGAUCAGCAGCAGCAGAGCCAAGAGUUUCAUGGUGUCAGUGUUCAACCCAUUUUACCUCCAGUGUGUGGAAGUCCCCAUCCUUUCUCACAAGGACUGCGAUGGCUCCUUCCCCGGCCUGAUCACUGACCGCAUGGUGUGCGCUGGAUACCUGGAGGGAGGCAAGGAUGCUUGUCAGGGUGACUCUGGUGGUCCUCUGGUGUGUAACGGAGAGCUGCAGGGUGUCGUGUCCUGGGGCCAGGGCUGCGCUCAACCCAACUACCCGGGAGUUUACACCAAAGUCUGCUCUCUGAUGCCUUGGAUCAACGAUAUUCUCUCCACAUACUCCUAGGCUGUGAUCUCCCAUCACAGAACUACAGGAGAGGGGAAAUCAGAGGGAGAUUGAAAUUGAAGGAGACAGGAGGCGGCGGUGGGAAAUGUCGAAGAGAGAGGCAGCGGAAGAGAGGCUGAGAGUGAGACACAAGGAGAAGCCAAGGGAGAAAGAAAACAACAUGCGAGAUGUGGGAUGUCAAGGCUCAAUCAAUACAAAUGUUUUACAUUUUGUGAUGCAACAGUGUGUUUAUUGUUGUCUAUCUGCUCCCAGUGUAGAUGUACUGGAUUUCAAUUCAGGGGUGACAUUUCCAACAAAAACCCAUAUAAACCACAGUCAAACAAGAACAGCUAAUGUCAAUAAACAGAAACAUUUCACAAAAUUGCAUUAGCUUGAGGGCAAAUGAAGUGGCAACCCUUGGUUUUGAAAGGAUAAGCUAACAAAAGUCUAUUAAAUGUUCAUUAUCUCAAUUUGUUUUAAAGAUUUUCCUAACGAGUUUGUAGUUUCAAAACAAAUUUUUAAUGUGCAGCAAGAUGUUCCUUUAGUAAUCUAUGGUCCCAUUUACAGUACAUAGACAAUAAAGGACGUGCAUGGCUUCCUCUCCAUGUUUAUUCCUAAAACCUUAA